AUGCUUACUAUAUGGGAAUUACAUCCAUUGUUUGAAGUAAAUGCUUGGCUUCUAUUUUGGAAACAUUCGUAUGGGAAUGCUUUCAAGCCUAGGUUCUUGGCAGAUUUCAUCUGUUGUACAGCCUUCAGAGUCUCUUCCGAAGUGAAAGUUACAUUCAAUUUAAUUUUCACUAGUUCUUGA